AUGAAGACAACGAUCUCUUGGAUUCUUGCUUUGCUUCUUCUGGUUCCCUUCUUCGUUAUUGUUGCAGAUGCUGCUAAUAAUACGGGUUUCAUAAGUAUAGACUGUGGAGCAAGCGGAGAUUAUGUUGAUGCAAUAACUGGGAUUUGGUACCAAACAGAUGAAGGCUUCAUAGAAAGUGGAUCCAAUCGUGAAAUACCAGCCAUCUUUAAAUUCAUCAAUGAGCUUCCAUACAUGGGGCGUCAGCUAAAAACAUUCAGAAGUUUUCCAGAGGGAGAAAGGAACUGUUACACUUUGAGACCAAUAAAACAAAAGCAGAAGUAUUUGAUCAGAGCUUCAUUUGCUUAUCAGAAUUUUGACUACAAAAACAAGUUCCCAAAGUACUUGAGGUCAAGCAGACUCAAAGGACAAAUAUCUGAAUCCUUUGCGCUUUUGAAAAAUUUGGAGUACUUGGAUUUGUCCAACAAUGAAUUGAUAGGAGAACUACCAGAAUUUCUUGCAACUCUUCCUAAUUUAAAAUUCAUUAAUAUGAAUGGAAACAAGCUCUCAGGUUCAAUUCCCAGGGCUUUGAAGGAAAAUGCUAAUUUGAUGUUCAGUGUAGCCAACAAUCCAGGCCAGUUUCAGUUAGAUUCAUGCGACGACAACCAACGCAAAUUUGUUAUUAUCCCUCUUAUUAUUACAUCAAUCACAGUCAUUAUCCUAAUUGCCAUUCUUUCUGUGAUGAUUUGGAGACUGAGAAAGAACAGACAUGAUUUAUCUACAAAUAAAUACUUGAAGAUGGAAAUUCCAAAACGGAAGAAUCGAGAAUUCUCUUACUCGCAAGUUCUUCAAAUCACCAGCAAUUUCAAAACUCUUAUUGGAAAAGGAGGAUUCGGGAAAGUUUACCUUGGCACUUUAGAAGAUACUUCUCAAGUUGCAGUAAAAUUACUUUCAGAAUCAUCAAAGCAAGGAUACAAGGAGUUUCAGUCAGAGGUUCAGCUCUUAACGGUUGUUCACCAUAGAAACUUGGUUUUACUUGUUGGAUAUUGCCAUGAAAACAACAUAAUGGCAUUGAUUUAUGAAUAUGUGGAUAAUGGGGACCUUGCCCAGCUAUUAUCAGAGAAAAACUCAAAUGUUUUGAAGUGGAAUGAGAGGCUUCAAAUUGCAAUUGACGCAGCAAAAGGAUUGGAAUACCUUCAUGCUGGUUGCAGUACUCCUAUAAUCCAUCGAGACUUGAAGCCAUCCAACAUUCUAUUAAAUAAAUCUAUGAUAGCCAAGAUUGCUGAUUUUGGACUCUCUAGAGUAUUUGUCAAUGAAAGCGACACCCAUCUAUCAACUCAACCAGCUGGUACUCCUGGUUAUAUUGAUCCUAAAUUUCAAAGAUCUGGAAAACUAACCAAGAAAAGUGAUAUUUAUAGUUUUGGAAUGAUCCUUCUUCAACUAAUAACGGGUCGCCCUCCAAUAAAUAGAGGACCUGAGGAUAUCAGUUUCAUUGUUGAUUGGAUUCAACCUAAAAUUGAAUGUGGGGAUAUUGAAGGCAUUGUUGAUCCAAGACUAGCUGCAGGAUUCAGUGUUAAUUCAACAUGGAAAGCUGUUGAAGUAGCAAUUUCAUGUGUGUUACCACCACCAUCCCAGAGGCCAAACAUAAGUUACAUAUUGCGAGAACUACAAGAAUGUCUGGCUUUGGAGAUGGGAAUAAAUGACAUUAUGUCCAGAAAUUCAUGUGAUUAUAGUGGCAACACUGAAUUAAUCACUGUUCUCUCUGCUAGGUAG